AUGUGCACAAGGCUCAUUGGCUUUCAACAUGUAACCAACUGCAGAGAGGGGUACUAUUGGGUCCAACUCAUACCAAGGAGAUCGCAAGGGACUGCUCUCCUGCAAUCUGCGUACUCAACCCAGCCGCUCAUGGCAGCGCAGUUUGACCCAAUGGCCGGCGUUCAGAUGCCGCCGCAGCAGCCGCAGAUGUUCCUUCAGCCCACCUCGCUUCAAGUGCCCAGCAUGUCUGCGAUGCAGAUGCAGCCAGAUCUCACGCCGUCUGACGGAAAUCUACGUGGAAUGGCAAUGCCACAAAUCCCGGCUUUGGCGCCUAUGUACCAGCCCUACCAGCCCUACCAGCCCUCGUGGCUUUACCCGAGCUGGCAAAUGCAACCACAGAACUUCUACCGGCAGGAUCUCGUGUUGCAGGAGCAGCUUUCGAGCAUGAACAAGGAGCUGCAGAGCCUGAAGCAACAGGAGCAGAAGGAAGCCAAGGAUCUCGAGCUGAAGGCCACAGAAGUAGGGGUGGCAGAAAAGCACUUGCGUGAGGCAGAGCAAAAGAUGAAGGACGCAGAUGUUGCUGCUAAGCAGCUGCAGGAUCGAGAGCAGAAUGUGGAGGACCAGGCAAUUUCGGCAGUGCGAACGGCCAAGACACAGGUUGCCCAGGCCCAGAAGGAGGUGAAGGACAUGCAGGACGAGCUGCGGCAGGCGCAGGCCGAUGCUAUUCAGGCACGGGCGGCCCAGGCAGCCGCGGAGGAGCAAGUGGCCAAGUCGGAAAUGCUGCAGGCAGCGCAGGCUUCAGACAAGCAACUUGGGUGGAUGUCCCAGUGA